UUUUCCCCCUAAAAAUAAUCACCUCAGCACACUAUUACUCCCUCAGCUCUGCGCGAAAUCCUAAAGUAAUGCCUCCCAAAGUAGCUAAAUCCCUAGAAACAACGAACUCGCCUUCAACCUUCUUCUUCAAACCAGGUCCCCCUCUCUCUCUUGCUCCCUCUUUGCUUUUUUGCCUGAUUUUUUUGUUUUUUUCUUAGAUGAGUCCCUGGAUGGUUGGAGUCUUAUUGUUUCAACAAGGCAAGUGGGUGUUCCAGAUCCAUCAUUGAAGCUGGAAAUACAUAUUUCCAGGAUUUUAGGCAGUUUUUCUUGGUUGUUUUAUGGGCUUAAAUCGAAGCCGUUUAAGAUCUUCUGCUCCGUUUCACUCCAAGCCUUUGUUUCGUAGACAUGUUCAAUCCAUGAAUUCUUGAACAUAUGGACCCUUAGGGAGUAUCUGGAAUAUGAGAUGAGAAUCCCCAAUCCUCCUUUUGAAAUUGACUUGGAACGCGUUGUGGAUGAUUUUAUAUUCAUAUGCUUCUUUGUUGGCAAUGAUUUCUUACCUCAUAUGCCUACACUCGAGAUUCGUGAGGAUGCAAUCAACUUGUUAAUGGCAGUAUACAAGAAGGAAUUUAGAUCAUUUGGUGGUUAUUUGACUGAUGGAAGCAAGCCUAAUUUGAGCAGGGUAGAGCAUUUUAUCCAAGCUGUAGGGUCCUAUGAAGAUAAAAUAUUCAACAAAAGAGCACAGUUGCAUCAGACUUUCAGCAGUAUGAUCCCAAAAUUGUCAAGCAAAUUAGCCAAAUGCGGGUGAAUCACCUUGGACUAAAUUUGACCAAAGAUGAUCUGCAAAACGUGGUUGAUUUAAUGGAGCCAUAUGGUCAGAUAAGCAAUGGAAUAGAAUAUCUAAAUCCUCCCCUUGAUGUCAGUAACUAACUUGCUUGUCAUUUUAAAUAUGCAAGUCAAUUGCUAUUAAUAAUUUUCUGUUGGAUUCUUUUUGGAUUGAAAAAUAAUUUCUGGGGAUAGUCUAAGAAUCUUAAAUUUUAUAGAAAGCCAAUAAAGUGCUUGCUGGACGAAAUGUGGUGAUUAAUUGAAUUGCAAGGUCAUACAUGCUGUUAAUUUUUUAAGAGCUAAUAAAUGAGUAUGACAUAGUGCUCAUAAAUGUUCUAAGGAUGUCUUUAGAUGAAUGAAAUUGUUUGAUAGUUUGAAGUUAUAAAUCUUUGUAUUGAUUUUUU